AUGUUAGAUGUAGCUCACUUGACUGGUCUCCUAAUCUUGGGCAAUCCAAUUCAUGCUCUCCUUGAGCCUCCAAAAGUGACCUUUACUUUAAACACUGACAUGCGCUAUACAGAUUUCUCCAAAAAAUACAAAGGCAAGCUUGGUUCCCUUGUCCAGGACAAAGAAAGAACUGCUUUUUACUUACUUUGGCUUUGUGAGUUUCUUUUUUGUGUCCCUGGGUACAAGAUCACGAAGGAAUACCUCCCCUUUGCCUUAUGUGUGCAAGAUGGCCAACUUAUGGCUUUAGCCCCUUAUCUUCUUGCCACCCUUUACAAGGCCCUAUUUUCCUUUGUCGACAAGAAGAUUUCUGGCAACUGUGGUGGCCCCUUCUGGCUCUUCCAGGCCUGGUUAUAUGCAUAUUUCCCUAAGGCACGACCCCCACAAGCUAACACCUUGAAACUAGUUUUCCACUCCUAUGUUGAGCAAUUGCUCACUUAUAACAGCCAACCUAUUCUCACUUUCAGAAAUCAUCUUACCAUGUUUUACAACCUUCCUUCGAAGAGACCUUCCAACUUGUACAUGCCAUUUCAAAACUUUCAAUUCUCCUCCAGUAGACUUCGCUUCCUCUUCACAGACCCUUCUGAUUUACACAAUGAGCAAGUCCAAGAACAAAAUGAGGCUUGGAGACACAUUCUCACCUCUAGACAUGUCUUGGUUGGUUGUUCCACAUCCUCCACCAAGAUGUCCAACUGUAGUUUUGAGACAUACUGUCCCAAUCAAUGGUCCAGGCAAUUAGGUCUUUCCCAGGGUAUCCCUUAUCCUUAUUUCCACCCAACUAUCCAUGAGGAGAUUGGGUCCAGAAUCUACUUCAAAGAUCCUAGGCAAGCUGAAUCAAUUCUGACAGAGAACACCAAACUUUUCCAAGAUUUUGGCCCCUUCUUCAUCAAACCUACUUCGGACUGCUCCACUGCUUUUGACCAUUGGUGGGGACUUAUGACUGCCAUUAUUUUCUGCAAGCCACUUGAAACCUGGCUUCACAAUACUUGUAUUCAUAAUCAGGGCCCCAUAUCCUCGCCUUCCAAGCUUAAGGCUACAGCCAAAAUUGGGCCUGCUGCUAAACCAUUGGUUAGGGACCAACAUAAAGGCAAGGCUCCAAUGGAUCCAACUACUCAGACGAACACCCCCUCAGCUCCACAAUUAAUGAGAAAAAGAAGGAGAUUACUCCUUACUGCUGCUGAUGAUGAGGAUCCUUCCACUUCUCCUCAACACAUUCAUCCAAUUCCCAAUCCCAUCAGCAAUGUACCCAGAGAACCCACUGUACAACCAACUCCACCACCACCUGAGGCAUCUCAACAAACUUCCUUACAACCUGCUUCACAGUCUUCGUCACAGCAAUCUACACAAUCUGCAUCACAACAUCCUUCCACUUCUCCUCAACACAUUGAUCCAAUUCCUAGUCCCAUCACCAAUGUACCCAGAGAACCCACUGUAGAACCAACUCCAACACCACCUCAAGCAUCUCAACAAACUUCCUUACAACCUCCUUCACAGUCUUUACCACAGCAAUCUACACAAUCUGCAUCACAUAAUCCUUCACAGCUAGAACCUCCUCCUAUUGCUCUCAGGGAUGUCACAGUUGGGGCUGUCUCGAUGGAGGUUGAUUGCCCAGGGGGCACUGAGCCUAUUAUUGUCCCUUCUGUCUUUAGCCCUCAACCAUCACCAUCCAACCCCUCCAAUUCCCAAACUUCAAACAAAGAAUCAGAGAGGAUUGAUUUUGAUAUUUCAAUCAACAGCCAAUCCUCUCCAACAGAUGACAAUACAAAAUUCCCUCAACCAGAAGUUCACAACAACCAAGGGAUGGACAUAAUACACGACUCAUCUCCACGACCAAUGUCUGCGAAAGAACUUGAAGGUCCUCAUGACUUUCCCCUGUUAGCAGAACUAGAAAAAGAGCCUGAAGGCACUGAUGCUGCCAUUUCAUCAGUACCCGAAACAACUCCUCCUGCUGCCACAACCGCAGUCGAACAAGGCCAACCGUCUGCGCGCACAUUAUCAAGACAGGAUGUUCAAACCAAAAAAGAUUUCCUAAACGAAGCCCACACCAUAUCUACUUCACUUAAACUAAGCCAGCAAACCUCUAUAGCCAUUCUUGAGCAACACUCAGCACUUGAACUUAAGGAAACCAAACUUAUGGCAGAACUUGCCUCUGUCCGGCAAAGAAAGGCUCAUCUGCAGCAGCAACAUGACCAACUUAAUCAAGAAGCAAGGAUGAUGCUCUCCCAAAUUAGACAUCGUUCUGCAUCAAUUCAGACAACUAAAGCUGAGUUGGACCAAGCCCAAGCCAUGCUGGCAGAUGCUCAAUCAGAAUGGGGUGUUCUAGCCAUUCUCUUCCCCAAAUCCUAG